AUGGGCUUCGUCGUAGUCUUCCUGUUGGGGGCGACACCGGACCAGGAUGUACAAAGAAAAGUGCUGGCAGAAAACGAUAUUUACGGUGACGUCGUCCAGGGGGACUUCAUCGAGAGCUACGAGAAUCUCACCUACAAGACCGCGAUGAUGAUUCGUUGGACUCGAGCAAAAUGCUCAAAGGCUGAAUUCGUGCUCAAGAUCGACGACGACAUGAUCCUCAGUGUGUGGGACUUUGCCGUCAUCUUGAAAGGUUUGGAAGGAAUCAAGCACUCAAUGUGGGGCUACUUGUACCGUCAUCACGGACCCAAUCGCAACGUAUCUUCCAAGUGGUAUGUGUCUGAAGAGGAAUACGCGCCAGAUACAUAUCCAGACUUCCUCUCUGGCACAGGCUAUCUGAUUUCGGGCGACGCCAUUUCAGCCCUGGAUGACGUUAUCCACGACGAGUGCUUCUUUCCUCUGGAAGACAUCUAUUUGACCGCCAUUGUAGCUGAGAGGGCACAAGGAGACUUCAUCGACUGCUACGAGAAUCUCACCUACAAGACCACGAUGCUGAUUCGUUGGACUCGUGCAAAAUGCUCAAAGGCUGAAUUCGGGCUCAAGAUCGACGGCGACAUGAUCCUCAGUGUGUAUGACUUGGCCGUCGUCGUGAACGGUUUGGAAGGAUUCAAGCGCUCAAUGUGGAGUUACUUCUACCGUGAUCACGGACCCAAUCGCAACGUAGAUUGCAAGUUGUAUGGGUCUCACGAAGAAUACGAGCCAGAUACAUAUCCAGACUUCUCUGGGACGGGAUAUCUGAUUUCCGGUGAUGCCAUUUCAGCACUAGAUGACGUUAUCUACCCAUGA